AUGCAGUCAGGAAUUACGGUCUCCGCGGAGCUGCAAGAUGCAUUCACCCGCUUCAACUCCGACUCCUCAACCUUCUGUCUGCCGGUAACCAUCACAGCAGAGACCCUAACACCACUGGCCCCGAUCUCCUUCCAGGGAAGUCCCUCGGAAAACGCCUUCUUUUCAGCCCUCCCCCAGCUGUCCUCCGUCCUCCAGCCUAAAACCCCCAUCUACCUUCUCCUCCGGCGCCCAUCGAAUGCCUCAACCGCACUGAUCGCUUUGACCUACAUCCCAUCCAAUGCGCCUGUGCGAGCAAAGACGCUCUUUGCUUCGACUCGCUCGACACUGACCCGCGAGUUGGGCACGGAGAAGUUCGCUUCUACCGUCUUUGCUACCGAGGAAGACGAGGUCCUGGGCCAGGAUGCGUGGCGCGAGCGUGAUGGCGAGGGCCCCAAUGUUGUCUCUCGUGAGGAUAUGAUGGGUGAGAAGGAGAGAGAGCUAGAGGCUGUUCGUAAGGCUGAGGCUGAGGCACGGAGUGGCACCCCUAGGAGGGAUAUUGGCAUGGGCGGCACUGUUGGCACUGGCUCUGGGAUGAGGGUUUCUAUGCCGGUGGACGAACGUGCUAAGUCUGCGCUGAGGGAUUUGCAGGAUGGCGGUUUGGUACAACUGAUCGUUGAUAUCCGCACGGAGAAUAUCGUCUUGGCCGAUUCCCAGACUGGAGUUGAGGCGAGCGCUGUCGCCACACAUAUCUCUUCCUCUUCGCCGCGGUAUUCCUUCUACCAUUAUCCCGGAUCCGAUGUCGUGAUAUUCGUGUACACCUGUCCCAGUGGAUCAUCGAUCAAGGAGCGUAUGCUACACGCAACCUCCCGGAGAGUCGCUGUCGAUAUUGCUGAGAAGGAAGGACUUAAGAUCGAGAAAAAGAUCGAGGCCUCUAGCCCUGACGAGAUCACUGGCGAUCGGUUGCAAGAGGAAGUCGCCCCGUCACGAGACCAGGGUCCUACGCGAGGAUUCGCCAGACCUCGUCGCCCUGGCCGGUAA